GAUCUACUAUAGAUUCUAGAAAAUUUAGAAUAGCCGCACAGACCUAGAGUCUAGAUUCUAGAUCUAUAAUCUAGAGUCUAGUAGAUCUAGAUCUAUAGAAUAGAUUCUAGAUCUAUGUCUAUGUAGUCUAGUCAGUCUAGAUGUCGAGCACAUCUAGGCUAGCCCCCUACCUACCCUAGGCAGAUCUUGACUACAACACAAGAAAUGGAAAAGGAUAGUGAUAUAUUGCUUAAAUAUAGAGCCAUCACUAACAAACUAAAAAAGAGAUUUUUGAAAAAGCCAAAUGUAGCUGAAGGAAGUGAACAGUUUGCUAGUCUUGCUAAAAGUCUAAAAAAUCAAGAAUGUCCUCAAUAUGCUGGUUUUUGUUGUCUUGCUCAGGCAAGGUGUGAGCACACAUUAUCCAAUGCUGCUGGCGAGGCACAAGCACUGACUGAUGCAGCAAGAGCUUUUCUAGAGGCUGAACUAAUGGACAGAGAGCUAGGAGUUCCUGGAUUUCAAGAGAAUCUUACGUCCUCAAUCAAUUGUUACAGUCAUGCAAUAAGAGUUCAUAUUGAAAAUAAACAAAUCGCUUUAGCUGCAUCACUUUGUCUUGAAGUUGGCAAUGUUCUCAGAAAAGUUAAUAAACCUGGAGAAGCCAUAGCACAUUAUCAAAGAGCUGCAGAACUACAGUCACAGAGUGCUCUGGAUUGUCUAGAUGCCCUCAACAUGGUAGCCAAGUGUAAAAUGGAUACAAAAGAUUUUGAAGGAGCUUUAGCAGUCUUAACAGAAAUGGCUUAUUUGGCACAUGAAAGGGGUGGCUCUUCAACAACUGGUAAACCCAUAGGUGCAUACUGUGAUAUUCUGGCCAAGUGUGAAAUUACAAGAGUUUUACUUUUGCUGUUGUUACAGCCCACGCCUCAAAGAAUAAGACCUGAACAUGCCCAGACAUUGGAAAAAUACACCUGGGAAUCUUGUGACAGUAUAACAGAGAUGUACCUUGGUGAGGAUUUAUACCUUUUGUUACAGUCAGUUGUGAUGGCUUGUCAGUCAUUAGAUUUAGAAUCACUUCGUGCACUUCAAAAAGAGCUAUGGCCAUUGUUUGAUUGUGAACAAAAUCAAUUAUUGCAUUUUGUAAUCCAAGAAUUGGCACAUCCAAGUGGGGAAGGCCUUUAAAAUAUAUUAAAUAAGAGAUGUGAAGCAUUCCUGUAAAAAUAUUUGUAUUUUAAUAAGUUUUGUGGCGUUUUCAUACAGUUUUGAGAAUGUAAAAAAGGCAAUGUAUACUUGAUGGAAUAAAAACAAUGCUACAUGGCCUUCAGUUAUUACAUUUUGUAAUCCAUUAAUUGGCACAUCCAACAACUAAUGGUUUGUUUGCAGCACUGGAAGAGGAAAGAAAGUAACUUGAGUUUACAUGCCUAACUAUGUUUCUACUUAACCCAUUUUUUUUUUCAUUUCCCUGGCUUUCUUUUUAAACAUACAUCAAUGUUGUAAUAAAAAUAUUACUGACAAAUGUCACAAGUUAAAAAAACAAUAUUCAUCUUGUUUGGCACUGAAUGAACUAACAUGAUGAGUUACAAAGCCACAUAAAUAGAAAGAAGGACAAUUGAUAUAGUAAAUCACUGUAACCACAUUUUUCAGGAUUGCUGCCUGGUCAUAUGGUAUGGUCCCUAAUUAGAAUUAAAAUUUAAAAAUUAGAUUGAUAAAAUAGCAAAUAAAAUGUCAAUUUAAAGUAAAAUGUCAAGCACUGAUGUACUUCUACUUUUUAUUUAUUGGGCUUAGAUUAUAUAACACUUAGAUUAUAUUUUUAUGUAUAUUCAUCUGCUUUGAGUUUUUGACAAUCUGACAAUGUCCUCUGUGGUUUUAGUGGUUCCUUCAGAUGCAGUAUCUAUUGUAUGAUCCUUAGAGGCUAGCUGGGAGCAGAUCUAACAAUAUCUCAUUAUCCUAGACCUAUUAAAGAAGUUUCUCUAUAUUACUGUUAUUUAUUAGAAACAAUAACUUGUACUCGAGUUUUGAUUCCAAAACUUAAACAAUGCAUUGCAUUGAGGGGUUAAAAUCAGAGUAUCCCUUCCAUAAUCACUUGCCUUUUGAUGAAACUUCUGAUUGUAGAAGCACAAGCUACCAACUUACCCUAUCAAAUGUCAGAGAUUUCUCUGAGCUUAGUGGCGAAGUCGAGCCAAAUACUGACAUGCUUGUCAGAGUCUAUUGGAGACAGCUUUUCAAGUUGACUAGUGGAACCAAAAUGCAUUUACUAUACCAUUCAAGUUGGUUAACAGGCAUGCACCAUGACCAUAUAUUUAACAGCUUUCUACAACACACAUAAUUGUUUGCCAUUAUACCAGGAAGCAUACAACCAGGCUGCCUUCCUUAAAAUGUUCUGGGGUAAUGAACCCCUUUUAUUUUAAAUUAGCAAAAUAUAGAAAGAGAGAGGAAACUUUCACAAGCAAUGAGCAAAAUAAAACCAUAAACUACAUUCUUUUUAUUGUUGUGUUUGUGAUCUUAAUUCCUAAUAAUUCUUGUUAAAUAUUGCUAUCUUUUUGUGAAUUACUGUGUAAUGACUCCAUUAAGUUAUUUGGUAGUCAUGAGAAUGUUUUCUUAAUUAUAAAUAUUUAAACUGAUUUAGUUGUUUUUUUUUCUUAAUAAAAAUAAAUUGGCACUAUGCCUAACAAGAGCACAUUGUCAUUAGCAACACAUAUAUUUAUCUAUUGAUGGGAAAUGUAUUUGUUGUUAAACAUUAAUGACAUCAUUGUUAGUUAAGUUUGCAGACUUGAGUGAGAGACUUGUAUGCAGUUGUAAAAUUAUUUGUUGUUUUGUUAUUUAUUCUAAAUGGACAUUAAAUACCUGAUUUAAAUAUA